CCGGAAUACCCCUCCAACACGCAGUCCACCAUGUUGACCGUGCUGGCCGAUUCCUCGCAGACUCUCGCGGGAUCUCGCGACACCAGUUUCAGCGUCGAAGAGGCGAGGAAAAGGGGCGAGUCCAACCACACCGAUGCAUCGGAUGAGUUCACGGUCAUCAUGCCUUUGUCCAGAUCGAGGCCGGUUGCUAAGCAACGUGGCCGCGGGAAAGACGGAUCCAACUCGCCAGCCUCUCUCGACGAUGACAGAAGCCGUCAGCUGAAUUCGGACGCCGAGCAGCAGGAAGACGAAGACCAAAAGGACGAGGACUGCGUCUCCGAGACAAGGAUGCGAGGGUCCUUCUCUCCACAUCUCGCCAACGAUGAUGAAGACAAAGACAAGUUGUACACGUGCACCAUGGAAACACAGACGUCGCUGACGUCAAGCGACGACAGCCGAGGUGACGACGUCACGCCAGAGAUCACGUUCAAGUCGGUUGCAGUCGGCCCCAACGGAGUCAACCGGAAAACGCAGACAGAAAGUUUACCAGAGAGAGACUGGGCCUACGACAAACGAAGAUUGCCAGUUAAAUCUGGUGGAGUACCCUACAACGCUGUACACGAUUCUGAGAAAUUCGCGCUAACAGAACAAACACCACAAACAAGCAUGGAUGAGAAUGAUGCUCAAGAAGAGUUUCUACCAAUGAGAGUGGAACCAUUUGCAAAAAUGAUAAAACUAGAAACACAACCCACAGAAAAAGAGUCAACUCCCCCUGUUAAGUAUCGCAGAAAUCUCUUUGAUGGUGGCAAAACUAAAUAUGAUGAGUCCAAACCAGCACAUCAUAUGAGAGCGCAGCCUCCCUUUUCCUCAGAAGGACUGAAUGAUCAACAGAGAAGACAACCUGAAUCUGCAGAUGACAUCCUUUCUAGGCAGCAACUGCUACUUCGUCAGCAGCAGGAAGUCAUGGCGCACAUCCACCAUCAGCAGCUAGAGCAGCAGGCCCAGCAGCUGGUCAACAGUGCCCUUGGCUUGAGCAACGUGACCCAACCGCCAGUCACUAACCCUUCCAGUUCAGCUCGUGAGAGACUCUCUGCCCUGCUAAAUGAUGCAUGCAUACUGGCACCUCAAGCAGGUGGCAUGGCUCAAGUCCCAGUGACAGGGUGGAUGCCUGCACAGAGGCCUUUGGUAAACCAAAGUUAUGUGACUCCAGCAAAUGUGCUUGGACAAGAAGAGCUGAUGCAAGCUGUUAGGAGAGAACUAAAGCGUAUGCAGCAAGAAUAAUAAGCAGCAUGGAAAGACUCAAGAACACUCAUUUUGAAAUGCAUUCACAAACACCAAGAGUAUCUAAGUUUAAGAGAGAAAAAUUUGGAUUUCUGUGUUCUUAGCUUGUCUAUUAGCAGUUCAUACAAGUUGUUGCUGGAAACCUGGAUAUGUACUUUUGGAGAGCUAUGCUCAAGAGCUCAUUCUGUUAAGUUGCAUGCUUCAGAAAAGCUAUGUAACUGGCCUUAACCUUCAGGUCAAAUUAUCAAGAUGCAGCAAACAAAGUGAAAAAAACAGCCUCCUUCAGAUUUUUGCAUUUCUUUUUGUUUUUGUUUUGGUUUUUUUUUUUUUGUUUUUUUGGGGGGUGGAGGUUCUUUUUGGAUCAUUUCAUUUACUUCCACAGAUCUUGUUCUUCAUAACUGAAGUUGAUGUUCCAUUUGACUUGACACAGAGAGACAGGAAAAAUUUUUCAUCAUUUUUUCCCAAAGAAAUUCUAGCUGAUGGUUGAUGAUACCAGUCUGAUGUGAGAAAGCAUUUGAAAUCCACAAUUGCUAUGAAGACUAAAAGUCUUUUUUGAAAUAUUUCUCUGCAAGAAUGGAGUCCAACUCAGGAGCAAGACUUUUUGGAUGUUCUAAGACAACACAACAGGUACCAAAGCCAAUGCAUUUGUUAAAUGCUAAGAAUGGCUAGCUGGCAACAAAGUGUGAAAUUUGUGUUCAUUUCCAUUCACCAUGAAAGUAAAUAUUGCACAAACUGUAUAUGACUCUAGCCAUUGUAUAUAAUGUAAAGUUUAAUCAAGUGUGCAUCAUGAGUUGUGUUGUACUCUGACGAUUGUUUGUGCCCUUUUAUUAUAUAAUUACAAAUGGAGUUGUAGAGUGUUUAUUGAUUCUGGAGACCAGGCCCGUUCUUAGCCUCCACAGGGCCUGAGGCAAGGGAUUAAUUUGGAGCCUAGUUACCAUAUUAAUUAAAGGCCUGGGUGACCCUGACAACUAUCAAAAGUGCAGGGCCCUUAAGCUCGACCCUGCUGGAGACAAAGAUUACAAAAUAAGUUGGUAGAUUCAAAAGAAGUAAGCGAAGAUGAUGAAAGAUCAAGGUUAUGAGAAGAAGGAAAAUUUGUUUCAUUCCAUUUAUUAUUUGUUUGAAAAGGCAAAUUUUAAAAACCUUAUUUUUUUUAUGUUUUUUCAGUUUGAAAUUAGUUGAUGUAUUACUACUCUGAUAUAGAAUAUGUUCAGAUACUGAGAAUAAUAAUAUUACUGGAAUAAAGAGGUAAGUUGUGUGCAUAUCGUAGUGUUCAAGACCAAGCUUCUCAUAAAUAAAAAGGCAAAGAUAAAUAUAACAUUCUGAAAAAUGUUAGAAUUAAUAGGCAUAAAACUCUAAACAUUAUGUACAAAAUGCACCAAUUCCUAGUCUUAAUUGGAGGAUGAAGUGUUUCAAGAUUUGAAAGAAUUUCAAAUUUUAGACCAUAAUCCACUAUUGAAAUUUAAUUGUGUUUGCAUAACCUGCACACCAUUGUGUUUUGCACUAGUAUUUAUUUUGAUAAAACUAAUCCAUAUAAAAUUAUUUCAAAAUAAAUCUUACAAAAAGUUAAAAUGGUAUAUUUUCCAAACCAUUUGCUUUCAGUCAAACAACAGCAUAUUUUCUAAUUUACUAAUGUUGAAACAAAUGAAAAUGUGUUUUCACUAAGUGGGUAAUUUAAAAAGUUAUUAUAAAUUUAAUUUGCAUUGAGAUGUUUGUAUAUGCGUGAUAACCCAUUUUUUUUUUUUUUUAGUUCCUCAUAUACAGACAUCCUCAUUGCAUUUAUGUAGUUCACAUUGUUACAAAUGUUUUAUCUACACUAUUUAUUAUCAAGCACAGUUUGGCCAUGAACCGGGGUGGUUCAUAACAAAGGUUCUGAAAACAGAUCACCGAAGUGUGCUUUCCAUACUAAGAGGUUGGGAGGAUGUAUUUUCUGAAAUGAUACAAUUGUCUUAAAUGCCUCACAUUUUGCUUAGUAAAUAAAUAUGUAUUUCUGAAGCUGCCUGUGAUAAAUAAAAGUGAUUGACCAGUU